GGACGCCACCCAUGUGGUCUGGGGUUCGGACCCAGCUAGGCGAAACGCGCCGGGAAUCGAUGACGGCUGGGGAAACUCGGGCAAACCUUUCUUGGGGAAUCACCCCUCCGACACCCCACCGCCCAGGCGCUGCAACGGAGGGUGAGCGGAGGACUAGACGCUUGAAGAAAAGCUGCCAUCCAAGAAGACGACAUGCUUUCAGCACCCGCCCCCCCCCCCCGUAUGGGAAUGUUCACAGCUGGAUGAACAGCGAGAGGGUUCGCAUGUGUGGGAUCAGCGACGACAGGAAAAUUCCUGUAAACGAAGGUGACACUUCAAAGGCCUUACUGGAACUAAGGGAAGAAAACCCCUUGAAUCACAACGUGGUGGACGCGACCACGGCCCAUCGGAUCGAUGGCCUGGCAGCGCUGAGCAUGGACGCACGCACCGGCCUGAUCCGGGAAGGGCUGCGUGUCCCCGGAAACAUCGUCUAUUCUAGCUCGUGUGGACUGGGCUCAGAGAAAGGGCGGGAGGCUGCCACAACCAUAGGUGGUCUGGGGUUUUCUUCCGAAAGAAACCCAGAGAUGCAGUUCAAACCGAAUACACCCGAGACGGUGGAGGCCUCCGCUGUCUCCGGAAAACCCCCAAAUGGCUUCAGUGCUAUAUACAAAACGCCACCCGUAAUACAAAAAAGUGCUGUCCCCACGGCAGAAACACUGGGCUUGGACAGACCUGCCAGCGACAAACAGAGCCCGCUCAACAUCAAUGGUGCUAGUUACCUGCGGCUGCCCUGGGUCAAUCCCUACAUGGAAGGGGCCACGCCAGCCAUCUACCCUUUCCUCGACUCGCCAAAGACGUAUUCCCUGAACACGUACAAGGCCUUGCUACCUCAGCAGUCCUACGGCGUGGCCCAGCCGCUGUAUUCUCCGGUCUGUACCAAUGGGGAGCGAUUUCUCUACCUGCCGCCACCUCACCACAUCAGUCCCCACAUCCCAUCAUCCCUGGCCUCGCCCAUGAGACUCUCGACGCCUUCGGCCUCACCCGCCAUCUCGCCUCUGGUCCACUGCGCAGACAAAAGCCUGCCCUGGAAGAUGGGCGUCAGUCCUGGGAACCCGGUCGAUUCCCACUCGUAUCCCCACAUCCAGAACAGUAAGCAGCCUAGGGUGCCCUCUGCCAAGGCGGUCACCAGCGGCCUGCCGGGGGACACGGCUCUCCUGUUGCCCCCCUCGCCUCGGCCUUCACCCCGCGUCCACCUUCCCUCCCAGCCCGCUGCGGACACCUACUCCGCGUUCCAUAAGCACUGUGCCAGGAUCUCCACCGCGCCCUCGGUCACCCUGUCGAAGCCAUACAUGACGGUCAGCAGCGAGUUCCCCGCGGCCAGGCUCUGCAGCAGCAAGUAUCCAAAGGCUCCAGAAGGAGCCGAAAGCACCCAGCCAGCUCCCGGGCACACCCGGAAAACAGCAGGUGAAGACAGAAAAGAUGGCAGCUCACCUCCUCUCUUGGAGAAGCAGACGGUUACCAAAGGCGUCACCGAUAAGCCACUAGACUUGUCCUCUAAAGUGGUGGAUGUAGAUGCUUCCAAAGCUGACCACAUGAAAAAGGUGGCUCCCACCGUCCUGGCUCACAGCAGAGCUGGAAGCGGCCUAGUGCUCUCCGGAAGUGAGAUUCCGAAAGAAACUCUAUCUCCUCCAGGAAAUGGCUGUGCUAUCUAUAGAUCUGAGAUCAUUAGCACGGCUCCCUCGUCCUGGGUGGUGCCCGGGCCAAGUCCUAACGAAGAGAACAAUGGCAAAGGCCUGCCGCUGAAAAACAAGGCCUUGGACUGGGCCAUCCCGCAGCAGCGCAGUUCUUCGUGUCCCCGCAUGGGUGCCGCCGACAGCGUGGUCACUAACGUUUCGGGGUCGGUGUCGAGCGUGGGCCGCCCAGCCUCUGCGUCGCCGGCCCCAAAUGCCACCGCCGAGGGCAGCGAGACCAGCAGGAGCUCCGUGGAUACCACGCCAUCCGUCAUCCAGCACGUGGGCCAGCCCCCGGCCACACCUGCCAAGCACAGCGGCGGCACCGGCAGCAAGGGCGCCAAAGCCAGCAACCCAGAGCCGAGCUUCAAAGCGAAUGAGAAUGGCCUCCCGCCGAGCUCAGUAUUUCUCUCACCAAACGAGGCGUUCAGGUCCCCACCAAUCCCCUACCCCAGGAGUUACCUGCCUUACCCAGCGCCCGAGGGCAUUGCCAUAAGUCCCCUCUCCUUACACGGCAAAGGCCCUGUCUACCCUCAUCCGGUGUUGCCCAAUGGCAGUCUCUUUCCUGGGCACCUCGCCCCAAAGCCGGGACUGCCCUACGGGCUACCCACGGGCGGGCCGGAGUUUGUGACCUACCAGGACGCGCUGGGGUUGGGCAUGAUGCAUCCCAUGUUGAUACCUCACACGUCCAUCGAGAUCACUAAAGAGGAGAAACCGGAGAGGAGGUACCGGUCCCACGAGAGGAACCGCUACGAGGACCCAAGCCUCCGGAACCGGUUUUCUGAGAUGCUGGAAGCCGGCAGCACCAAGUUACAUCCAGAAGUCCCCGCGGACAAGAACCUAAAGCCCAGCCCCAGCUGAAAUCAAGGGAAGACCGUCGUCAAGAGUGACAAGCUUGUCUAUGUAGACCUCCUCCGGGAAGAGCCAGAUGCGAAAACCGACGCUAACAUGUCCAAACCCGGCUUCAGAGCUGAGAGUGUCAGCCAGAGUGCCGAGCCCACCAAACCCCCGCCUGACCCGGCUCUACAGCCACACCGGGAUUUCAUUGCCCUGAGAGAGGAGUUGGGGCGCAUCAGUGACUUCCACGAAGCCUAUACUUUCAAACAGGCUCCGGGCCAGCCAGUCUCCGGCUUAAGCAAGGAGAAUGUUCCAGCGGUAACCAACAAGGAGAACCUGGCGAUGCCGGUCUCGACUCCAUUCCUGGAGCCGACCCUGGGGAGCGACAGCUCUGCGGUCACUUUCGGGAAAACCCAAGAGGAUCCCAAACCAUUUUGCAUGGGCAGUGCCCCACCGAGUGUGGACGUCACCCCCACCUACACCAAAGACGGAGCUGACGAGGCAGGAUCAACCGAUGGCAAAGUUCUGAAACCGAAGCCAUCUAAGCUGGCAAAGAGAAUCGCAAACUCCGCUGGUUACGUGGGUGACCGGUUCAAGCGUGUCGCUACUGGACUGUACGCAGACUCCAGUCAGCUCGGCCGGGAGCAGCGGGCAUUGCAGCAUGCAGUGAUGCGCUUCUCAGAGUUGGAGAUGAAAGAGCGAGAAGGUGGCCACCCCACAACCAAAGACUCUGAGGUGCGCAAAUUCAGCCCCGCUGACUGGGAAAGGCUGAAAGGAAGUCAGGACAAAAAGCCAAAGUCGGUCGCCCUGGAGGAGGCCAUUGCCGACCAGAACGACAGUGAGAGAUUGUGCGUGCUUGUGGCCUGUGGCCUGCAGCCUGCUCCGGACCCCAGAAACCUCACCGGUGAUGGGGAGUGUUAUGAUGGAAGCAAACCUGACCCCUUCGAAGCCCCAGAAGACAGUGAUCUUCCUGAGGACAUGGACACGGAGCCCCCGAGAGAGUCCCCCGCCGACCAGGCGGCCCCGGACGCGUCACGCAGCCCCACCCUCCGGCUGAACAGAAAGCGCAAGGUGUCUGGCGAUAGGAACCACACUGAGACCACUGUGCUCCCGGAGGACUCUCUGCUGAAAGCCAAGCGGAGACGGGUCUCCAAAGCUGACUGGCCGAGGGAAAUGACAAACAGUUCCUCUAACCGCUUAGAAGAGCCACAUUAUAGUGAGCUGACCAACCAGGUGUGCAUUGAAUUAACAGGGCUCCAUCCCAGAAAGCAGCGCUGCUUGCUGCACCUUAGAGAACGGCGGGAGCAGCAGGUGUCGGUAGCAGAGAGCAAACCUGGCCGGCAGGGCAGGAAGGAAGUGACCCAGGCGGUUCAGCCUGCGGUCACCCCCCAGGGCAAUAGCAUCUCCGAAGAAAAACCUGGCAGGAAAAGGGCAGAGGCCAAAAGCAACAGCAGCUGGUUGGAGGAGUCCCUUAAAUGCAGUGACAAUGAACAAGAUGUGCUGUGCAUGGACGAAGGAAUGUUUCGGCAGCCUUCGCCCCUGCCGCAGAAAUACACCAACAACAGCGAGAAACCAUCCGGGAAGCGACCGUGCAAAACCAAGCAUUUGAUCCCUCAGGAGCCCAGGCGGGGCUUGCCGCUGCCAGGGGACUCCUACGUGGACAAUGCGGAUGGCAAGGAGCGGCCUGAGCCCAGUUCCGACUAUGAUCUUUCGCCGGCCAAGCAGGACCAGAAGCCCUUGGACCGUUUGCAGCAAUUGUUACCAGCUUCCCAGGCCUCGCAGCUGACACGCUCAAGCUCCCCUCCAGAGACCACCCAGUCCCGCCCGAUGCCACCGGAAGCGCGGAGACUUAUUGUCAAUAAGAACGCAGGCGAGACCCUCCUACAGCAGGCCUCCCGGCUUGGCUACGAGGAAGUGGUCUUGUACUGCCUGGAGAACAAGAUUUGUGAUGUGAACCACCGCGACAACGCGGGUUACUGUGCCCUGCACGAGGCUUGUGCAAGAGGUUGGCUCAACAUCGUACGACACCUCCUUGAAUAUGGCGCUGAUGUCAACUGCAGUGCCCAGGAUGGAACCGGGCCUCUCCACGAUGCUGUCAAGAAUGAUCAUCUCGAAAUUGUCCGCUUGCUCCUCUCCUACGGUGCUGAUCCUACCCUGGCUACGUACUCAGGUAGAACCAUCAAGAAAGUGAACCACAGCGAACUUCUGGAGAAGUUCUUAACAGACUGUUUAAAUAACCUGCAGGCUCCUGACGACUCUUCGGAGUUCUCUGGCAGCUGUGUGUGUGAACCAGAUGAUGAAAGUGGUUACGAUGUUUUAACAAAUCCCCCAGGACCGGAGGACCAGGAUGACAACAACGAGGCCUAUGGUGACCUAUUGGAAUCUGAAUUUUCUGAAGAACCCCUUUUGCCGUGUUAUAACGUCCAGGUGUCCGUCGCUCAGGGGCCUCGUAACUGGCUGUUGCUCUCAGACCUGCUCAGGAAACUGCAAAUGUCCUCCUGCAUAUUCCGCUGCAAUUUUCCAAAUGUGGAAAUUGUCACCAUCGCGGAGGCCGAGUUCUGCCGGCAAGUGUCAGCAAGUCGCUUAUUCUCCUGCCCCAAAGACCUGGAGUCCUUUAAUCCAGAAAGUAAGGAGCUCUUAGAUCUGGUGGAGUUCACGAACGAGCUUCAGACUCUGCUGGGCUCAUCCGUGGAGUGGAUCCUCCCCAGAGACCUGGACUCAGACGACGACUGGUGAGCUCGCCGGGGCCCGCCGUGUACAGUGUGUCAUGGUGUUAAUCCUUGUGCAUAUGUGUCCUAAUACAACUAUUUCUGUAAAGAAAGGACACUAUGAGACACGACUCCAGUCGGAAGGACUUCAAAACAUGUUUUUUUCUUUUUAAAAUUUUAAGUCAGUUUUUAUGAAGUUGUUAAUAAAGUUUCUUUACUUUUCAAUGUA